AUGCUCAGAACAGUGCUUGUGCUCGAUCUCACAAACGCUACUGAUCUCCUUCCAUCCUCCUGUCGCGCUCUUCACAUCAAUAGCGCAUCUUCGACCUGUUCUUUACUAGCUAUUCCAUCGCCGAAUGUUGUUUAUGCAGAAAGUAAAAUGUAUUUGUGUACCAGCCAAAAAGUAAUAAUUCUAAUUAUCUAUAUUUUAAUUUCAUAA